AUGAUAUCUGUUGUUCAGGCGGGUGAGCAGAUUCUUGACACGGGUGUAUAUCUAGACGAUUCUCUGAAGAAAGCACUUAUUUUGUUUGAUAGCUUGGGAAUUGAUGAUGAGGGGAUACACCCCUUCGAGCCCUUGAACAGGCCAGAUGGGCCACCUCCAAAACCGUCAAUUGAGGAGGCUCCAAAAUUGGAGCUUAAACCUCUACCACCUCAUCUUCAGUAUGCUUAUUUGGGUGACUCUGACACUUUACCUGUUAUUGUUUCUUCUGAAUUGUCUAAACUGCAGGAAGAGAAGCUGUUGAGAGUGCUACGUGAGCACAAGCGAUCACUUGGGUGGACAAUCUCUGACAUUAAAGUACUUGCUAGAUGUGAAGAGACGAACCUGGUGCUAAAAUGGGAAAAGUGCCACUUCAUGGUGGACAAAGCAAAGGUGGAAGCAAUUGAAAAAUUGCCCCCACCAACGUCCAUCAAAGGCAUCCGCAGUUUCUUGGGCCAUGCAGGUUUUUAUCGACGUUUCAUUAAAGACUUUUCGAAAAUUUCCUCUCCCUUGUGCAGGUUGCUUGAGAAAGAUGUCUCCUUCAAGUUCAAUGAUGCCUGUCUGAAAGCAUUUGAGGAGCUGAAGGGGAGGCUAGUGACUGCUCCAAUUAUCAUUGCUCCUGAUUGGGGACAGCCAUUUGAGUUGAUGUGCGAUUCGAGUGACAUAGCUAUUGGGGCUAUAUUGACAAUCACCUCAAGUGAAGCCCCGUGGUAUGCAGAUUAUGUGAAUUUCAUUGCAAGGGAAUUGACACCCGAUAAUAGAAGAAGUUUCCUACAUGAUGUGAGGCUCUACAUGUGGGAUGAGCCAUUCCUAUACCGGCUAUGCGCAGAUCAGUUGGUGCGAAGAUGUGUUCCAGAGGAAGAGAUGAAUGCAAUAUUGCAUGACUGUCACGCGUCACCAUACGGAGGAUAUCACGGGGGAGAUAGGAUUGCCCAGAAGUUCUACAAUCAGGUAGUGGUGAGUUUUGUAAAGAAGCACAUCUUCACACGCUUUGGAACUCCACGAGUGUUGAUAAGUGACGGAGGAACGCACUUUUGCAACAAAUUGCUGAAAAAUACCCUUGCAAAAUACGGUGUCGAGCACAAGGUUUCCACGGCCUAUCAUCCCCAAACGAGUGGUCCAGUGGAAGUGUCAAACAGAGAGGUGAAGCAGAUUCUGGAGAAAACAGUGAGUGGAAAUAGAAAGGACUGGGCUGGAAAGCUUGACGAUGCAUUAUGGGCAUAUCGAACUGCAUACAAAACCCCCAUAGGUACUUCUUCGUAUAAAUUAGUUUAUGGGAAGGCAUGUCACCUACCCGUCGAGCUUGAACACAAGGCUUAUUGGGCAAUUAAAAAGCUGAAUAUGGAUAUAGAGUUAGCUGGAGAGAAGAGGUUGCUACAACUCGACGAGCUUGAUGAGUUUCGAUUGCACGCCUAUGAAAAUGCCAAAUU